CAGCCCAUGGGGCUUAAGCCAAGGCUGCGAGACCAUCUGGGUUCUCUCCAUGCUUUGCUUUUGAGUUUCAUCACCAUUCCUACCCCGACCCGCUAAAACAGACCUGGAUUGACACCCCCCCCCCACCUUGGUGUGCACUUUAGGGAGAAUUAACCGAGGGCGGGGAAGGAAGAAGACGCACACCAUUCCUCAGUUGGCCCGUAGAAUCAGGGCCCUUCGCCCUCUCCCCAGGUGUCAAGAUUCCCAGCCGUAUUCAAUGGGGCGGUGCGACGAGCACACCUAGGGUCAGGGCCGAAACGCUGCGAGAAGAGCAAGCAGCCCUGGGCAGAAGGAGCAGGAUCCUCAAGCAGGGCGGGGGAGGCGGUUGAUAUUCGGGCAGUUUCCAAACCGUGUUUUUUAGUUUUACCGAGUUACCAUCCACUAAAUCUUCCGCUAAACAUGCGCAUGGGGAGAGAGGGAGAGACUGCCUGGAAUUCUAUACUUUUCCCUUCUUUGGCCUGGGAGGGAAAAGGGUGCUGCUGCUGAGCUGAGUGACCAGCUGAUGGAAAGAAAAAAAUCUCCUCUCAGCUUCUAAGCUUACCUGGUCAGAAUCCUUGGAUGUGCCUGUUGGACCCUUCCUCCUAGCCCUGUGGUUUGGAACCAGUGGCUUUGGGACUGUAAGAGGAUGGACAAAGAUUCUCAGGGGCUGCUAGAUUCAUCCCUGAUGGCAUCAGGCACUGCCAGCCGCUCUGAGGAUGAGGAAUCACUGGCAGGGCAGAAGCGGGCCUCCUCACAGGCCUUGGGCACCAUCCCUAAACGGAGAAGCUCCUCCAGGUUUAUCAAGAGAAAGAAGUUUGAUGAUGAGCUGGUGGAGAGCAGCCUGGCUAAGUCCUCUACCCGGGUGAAGGGGGCCAGUGGGGUGGAACCAGGGCGCUGUUCUGGGAGUGAACCCUCUUCUAGUGAGAAGAAGAAGGUGUCCAAGGCCCCCAGUACUCCUGUGCCACCCAGCCCAGCCCCUACCCCCGGACUCACCAAGCGAGUGAAGAAGAGCAAACAGCCACUUCAGGUGACAAAGGAUCUGGGCCGCUGGAAGCCUGCAGAUGACCUUCUGCUCAUCAAUGCUGUGUUGCAGACCAAUGACCUGACAUCCGUUCACCUGGGUGUGAAGUUCAGCUGCCGUUUCACACUGCGGGAGGUCCAGGAGCGCUGGUACGCCCUGCUCUACGAUCCUGUCAUCUCCAAGCUGGCCUGCCAGGCCAUGAGGCAGUUGCACCCAGAGGCCAUCGCCGCCAUCCAGAGCAAGGCUCUGUUUAGCAAGGCUGAGGAACAGCUGCUGAGCAAAGUUGGAUCAACCAGCCAGCCCACCUUGGAGACCUUCCAGGACCUGCUGCACAGACACCCCGAUGCCUUCUACCUGUCCCGCACUGCCAAGGCUCUGCAGGCGCACUGGCAGCUCAUGAAGCAGUACUACCUGCUGGAGGACCAGACAGUGCAGCCACUGCCCAAGGGGGACCAAGUACUGAACUUCUCUGAUGCAGAGGACCUGAUUGAUGACAGUAAGCUCAAGGACAUGCGAGAUGAGGUCCUGGAACAUGAGCUGACAGUGGCAGACCGGCGUCAGAAGCGGGAGAUUCGGCAGCUGGAACAGGAGCUGCAUAAGUGGCAGGUGCUGGUAGACAGCAUCACAGGCAUGAGCUCUCCAGACUUUGACAACCAGACGCUGGCGGUGCUACGGGGCCGCAUGGUGCGGUACCUGAUGCGCUCGAGAGAGAUCACCCUGGGGAGGGCAACCAAGGAUAACCAGAUCGACGUGGAUCUGUCCCUGGAGGGCCCGGCCUGGAAGAUCUCUCGGAAGCAAGGGGUCAUCAAGCUGAAAAACAACGGUGAUUUCUUCAUCGCCAAUGAGGGUCGGCGGCCCAUCUAUAUUGAUGGACGGCCCGUGCUGUGUGGCUCCAAGUGGCGCCUCAGCAACAACUCUGUGGUGGAGAUUGCCAGCCUGCGAUUUGUCUUCCUCAUCAACCAGGACCUCAUCGCCCUUAUCCGAGCCGAGGCCGCCAAGAUCACGCCACAGUGAGAGCGGAGGCAGGACCCACAGGCUCUCUGGCCUGUUUCCCCUGCCAUUGCAGCUCCCUGGAGCUCGGAAGUCAGCUCCUGGAAAAAGCAGAGUGGGCAGCAGGAAACCCAACUGACAGCCCAUUGAUCCGAGCCUCUGCGGGGGUGGGGCUGGCCCUCAGGGUGUCCCUCGAGGCUGGGGCCCUGCAGCUUCCUGAGAGCCAGAGCCCCUCCCCUUCUCUCCGCAGACCACCAUCCCCUUCUCCAGAUUCCUACCUUCCUCCCUGUGUCUCCAGCUAAUUAGCUUCAGACUUUUCCUUUAUUAUUUUUCUUUUGUAAAUAAAAGGCACUGAGUUCCAAAUUA